AUGUAUGGACUGACAAAGAAAGAUUGGAUUGACACAGGGACAUUUGAGGCGUGGUUCAGCCGUCAUUUCUUGAUGUACGCUCCUGCUGUGAGACCUAUACUUAUCUUGUUGGACGGUCACUCAAGCCAUUUUAAUCCGACAAUGAUUUGUAUGGCGGCUGAAAAAGACAUUCUUGUUUUCUGUCUUCCUCCCAACACAACACACUUAUUGCAACCUCUCGACAGUAGCGCCUUUGGCUCUCUAAAAGUCCAUUGGAAAGAAUGUCGUUUAUUCACUAUGCGCACAGGAAAAUUUCUGACAAGAAACACCUUUUCUUCAAUUUUUGCAACUGCUUGGUCUUGGGCAAUGACAAUAGAGAACAUCAUUGCAGGCUUUCGAUUUACAGGUGUUUAUCCCUUUGAUAGAAAAGCAGCUGCAGCUACAGUUCAGUCAAGUGUUACAAAGAGUCCUUCCUAG